UGGAGUGUUGAUGGAUGCGAAUCUCCGUCUGGGACGUUCGAACAGAAAACCUCUUCCCUGGGAGAGAGGGGUGUGCGUGCGUAUCGAGACAUGACGCAGAACUCCAUCACCGGUUGACAACAGUUGGGGCAACGAUUGGGACUAGUAGGAGAGGGUACACGAGGACAGAGAUAAGUCUACAGUAAAUAAUCUAAAAUACAGUUGGCUUUCAAGAUUCUGAGUUUACUGUAGGCUAGAUUUAACUCUGAUAACCACAGAAUGCUUGUUAUGACAUAGAGGCAGGACAUUUGCCAUGGCGCUGUGGAUAUUGGAAUUCUUACUGCACGCCGUUUCUUUCAUCUGCGGAUUGGUCUCUGCUGCUUUGGUGGCGAGUGUCCAGGCGCGUAACCAUGGUGUGUGUCUGCUGUACGGGUCCCUGCACUACAACUCCUCUGUGGCCGUCAUCAGUGUCAACUCCUCCAGUGACCCCUCUCUCUGCUGCUUCGUCACCGCCAUCCCAGCUGCCACCUGCGUCUUCAGCUUCUUUCACAUGCUCAUAGGGGUCUGCUCAUGCUGUAUACGUCAUGACGUGAGGGGGUGCCCAUGCCGUGUGGUGACAGGAAUGAUGUGUUUACUCCUCUCCUUCUUCCUGCUCAUCACUGGCUGCGUCCUCAAGAUCGGCACGGACCAACUCUGCCAUUCCUUACCACCCACACUCUUCCACAGAUGUGAAGAUGCUCAGGACGUUCAUUGGAAGAUUCCCAACAGUGGAUACCAGUUCUACAAUCAUCUGCACAGUGCAGAGCUGUGUGUGUGGGUGAGCCUGUGCUUUCUGCUGGUGUCUGGGUUCUUGGCGUGCCUUCCUCGUGGGGACAGAGGGGGGUCUGGUGAGACCAGUGGUGGGGCCAUGGUCUCAGGACCAAGCCUGGGAUAUGGCAGCGGGGGGACAAGCCCUUUCACCCUGGGAGACCACUUGCCAUCCUUUGACUUUGACUUUUAUGACUCCGAUUGAGCUCAUGUCUGGUGCUGUGGUGUUACAUGACUUUGGCUAUUGUCUGAGUCUGACUGCUGCAUGACACUACAGUUCGCCUGUGACUCCUUCGGUCAUGACUCCAGUACAUGGCCGACAUGGUCUGGCUAUUUGAUGUAGUUGUUGUUACUAUUAUGAUUAUGUGUGACCAAGACUGCAGCUAUUAUAGGCCUAUAGCUGGCAUUGACUUUUGA